AUGCUAACAUGUCUGGAGUACCUCACUGUAAGUGGUCGUUCAAGAAUUGUCCUGUCUCCAAUCGGAGGCGAGAUCCAUGUCGUGCAGGUUCCAGUUGAAGAACUCAGCAUCUAUGAAAGUGGUGCUAGCGGGAAAGAAUUGACUCAACUGCUCUCUCAUUUCCCGAAGCUCACCAGCCUGAAUAUAGAAAGGUGCGAGAAUAUAACAGAACUUGGCGUGUGGGAGCAGCAGAGUGGAGGACAGCAGCAAGAGACAAAAGAAGAGCACAAGAGCAGAGUGGCUAUAACAAGUUGCGAAAAGAUAGCAGUAAUUGGUGUGUCGGAGCAGCAGAGUGGAUCACAGCAGCAACAAACAAUAGAAGAGGAGGAAAUAGUGGUAACGGCAGCAGGAUCACUGCUGCUCUUGCCUACCCAACUACAGAAGUUGAGACUCCAACAUUGCCGUCAGCUGAGAAUAGUCCCCAGUUCAGGUUCAGGGGGCGACAACAAUGAAGCAGCAGGAGGUCUCCAGCGUCUAAGCUCCCUCCGCCAAUUGCGUGUAGAGAAUUGCCCCAAUUUGCUUUCCUCCUAUUCGGGCUCCUCGUCCUGUUUCCCUUUCCCCACCCCCCUUGAAAAACUCGAACUAUCCAACUUGGAAGAAGUCAAUCUGGACCUCACAAACCUUUCCAACCUAGAAGAGCUCAAUCUUAGCCACAUGGAGGCCCUCACAAACCUAAGCGUCAGCCGUUCCUCAAAACUACAUACUCUAUACAUAGAACACUCCCCAGUAGUUCUUUCAGUGUCUACAUGCAGCCUCCUCUCUACCUACCUCACCAGAUUGAUCUUUAAGGGUACCAAAGAUGUGGAGCCCAUCGCAGAAGAGGCCCUCCUGUUUCUCACCUCCCUCCAAGAGCUCCAAUUUGGUUCCUGCCACAAAUUGCAGUUCCUCCCUGCAGGUCUACAUACACUUGCCAACAUCUACUACUUACGUAUCGAUGAAUGCCCAUCUCCACAGUUGCUGCCCAAGGACGGCCUCCCAACAUCUCUGCAAAAAUUACUGAUCGAGGAUUGCCCUGCCAUCAAAUCGCUGGCCAAGUAUGCCCUCCCGAGUUCACUGCAGGAAUUAGUGAUCAGGAAGUGUCCUGAAAUCAAAUCGCUUCCUAAGGACGGGCUCCCAAAAUCCCUCCGACUACUAGAUGUUCGUGAUGACAAUAGCGAGAAGCUUAAAAGGCAGUGCCGCAGGUUAAUAGGGACAAUUCCAAUAAUCAUGGCCUGA